UCGGCCGCUCAGCCAAAGCCUUGUGAGAACCUAGUAGAUGCUGGAUUUAUCCCCGCCACCGCCGUCGCCGCCGCUGCUGUUUCUCAGGGGCUGCCAGAGCAUGGACUAUUAAAAACUUGCAUUUCUGCAGUGUGAGGUAACCAUUUGCUUUAUGUUCUCGUCAGGUAAUAUUUUGACACCAAAAUGGGAAAGCAAAACAGCAAACUACGCCCUGAAGUCAUGCAAGAUUUGCUAGAAAGUACAGACUUUACAGAACAUGAGAUCCAGGAGUGGUACAAAGGCUUCUUGAGAGACUGUCCAAGUGGACACUUAUCUAUGGAGGAGUUUAAAAAAAUAUAUGGGAACUUUUUCCCUUAUGGGGACGCUUCUAAGUUUGCGGAACAUGUAUUCCGCACUUUUGACGCCAAUGGAGAUGGAACAAUAGAUUUCAGAGAAUUCAUCAUAGCCUUGAGCGUAACGUCAAGAGGUAAACUGGAACAAAAGCUGAAGUGGGCAUUCAGUAUGUACGACCUCGACGGGAACGGCUACAUCAGUAAGUCAGAGAUGCUGGAAAUCGUGCAGGCAAUCUAUAAGAUGGUUUCUUCUGUAAUGAAGAUGCCAGAAGAUGAGUCAACACCAGAGAAGAGGACAGAGAAGAUCUUCCGCCAGAUGGACACCAACCGUGAUGGAAAGCUUUCUCUGGAAGAGUUCAUCCGAGGCGCCAAGAGUGAUCCAUCCAUAGUCCGUCUCCUGCAGUGUGAUCCCAGCAGUGCCGGGCAGUUCUGAACCUGUUCUUUGGAUGAAUUAUGUAUCUGCUUUUUUUUUUUUUCCUUGCCAAACAACAUUCAUGGUAGUGUUGCCUCUGUAUGGCCAAUUAUGCCUUCAUUUGUGGCAUCUUAUAGCUUCUUUUGUUGUGGAUUAAUUAUAAGAAUGCUGAAUUGCUCUUAACAAUUUGUCCAGAGCACGAACAGUACUGUUUUAAACAGAUAUUGUGGUGUUAUCAUUGUUUUAAAGAUUUCAUUUUGGUUUUUUGUUUUAACAUGUCUGUUUUGGAAAGUACACGUUGAAAAGGAGAAAACCAACAACAGAACCCUUGGCAGCAAGACACACUGACAGAUUUUAGAUUGCUGCUUUAGUAGUUAGGUAUUCACGUGCAGGACCUGAAAGUGUAGUAGAGAUUGAACCAAAGGGGUUGUGAUGGGUGCAGUAGGAUUCACCUGGAACCUCCUCUCCUGUCCAGGAGGCACCAGUUAAGAUCAAAGACAGGUUCAGGAACAAGCACAAAAGUGCAAAACAUGUGCAGGGUAUAUCAUCUGCACCCCUGCUCCUAUGCCUCGUUGUUUAAAUGCUGUGAACAUUUUCCAGGUUGUGAAGGAGAAGGGAAAAAACAAAGGUCGAUAUUUUUUGCUAGGUUUACAGUGUUUGAUUUCACAUGGCUUUAUCUGAAAAUUCAGCAAUUUGCAAUCCUGAUCCCCAAAUCCACAACUUACAAUACCUCUUGCCAUUUGGGAUCAGCAAAGGCAGACACAGAUACAGAAAACUGGGUCUUGACAAUGAAUUUAAGGGAGAUACAUAUUGAAUGUGAAAUUUUCAGGUUAGUAAUAAAACAGUGUCUACUAAGGAGAGUGGACAUUCAUGUGAGGAACUCACAGACUCCUGCAAGCAGCUCCAGCUGAGGCACAUCUGCUGUUCUGAAUGCUCUUGCAUAGUAUGAAGUUUUGGAGGUGUUUUUGUCUCUCUCCACGUAGCUAACAGAUUUUAUGGGCCUGCUCUUAGGGGAAGGUUGUCAUCAAAACUUGUUUUAAACAAAAAAUUGUAGCAUUUAUAUUUCAUUUAUUUUAGUAAAGUUCAAAAAAUCUGUACUGAAACAAGGAAAUGGUACGCUUUAUGGUAUAUUUAUAUAUAUAAAAAUUAAAAAAAAAAAAAGAUCAGCUCUUGAGAGAAAUGUUGAAUGUUUAUCUUUUCACCUAGAUGCAGGAGUUCUGAAAUUUGCUGCUGCAAAACUUUAUCCUUUGGUCAAAGUUGCUGUAUGCAAAGCUAGUACACAUACAUGGGAUUUCUUAGGGACUUCACAAGUGCUGCUGCAACAGAAAAGCUUUCACGACAGGAGGCAUUAUGCUGACUAAAUUGGCAUUAAUCUGUCAUUAGCUAAAGUCUGCUCUGUGAUCCUGUUGGAGAGGUACCCAUGUAGGCAGUGCACAGCAUUGGGAAUUCAUGAGCUCAUUAGAGUAACCUUUGUCUAACAGGCAAGGUUGGCAUUUUGUCAAGUGACCUUGUAGAUGCUAAUCCCUAGUAGCCUUAAUUUAAAAUAAACUAAGUAAAAUAAAUCUGCUUUACAGAUGACGAUUAGCUAAGUACUAAUUAGAAGUCAUGAAUAAGUAGCCGGGUAUGAAUAAUUUUUUGUUGAACACUAGCUAGCAUGUACAAUAACUGAAAGAAAAAAAUCCCAGAUCAAUUUUUCCAUACCGUUUGCUUUGCCAGGUGUGAAGUGCAGAGCAUAUUAAAUUAAAAUAAAAAUAAAUUGAAAAUAACAUUGCUAAUCAGUUGUAGUAAAAUGAUGAUGGGCUAAUUACACUCAAUAAAUGUCUUCAGGCACACACCUUUGUCUCAAAUGAUCAUAGGAAUCCAGUUCAUGAUAAAUUCCCAUUAUAGUAAUGAAAAUAGUGAACAGAGAUUUAUGUGGGAAAAUGAGAAAGCAAAAGAGGCCCAACCACAGAUGCAAACACAUUUCAAUACUAGUGCUUUUAGCUGUUAUAAGCAUCACUGGCAAAUUUUGCUCCAAUUAUUCUGGUUAAUGGAAAUGUUCCCUAUGUCUUUCUCCCUAAUCUUCAUUAGACAUCCUGUGCACAAAUCUAACAAUUCAAAGGAGAGCCUGUGUCUACCUUCUUCAAGGUAAUUUUCUGGUUUACCUGGAGAGGUUCUGGCCCUCUCUCCUGUACCCAUCACCCCAUAUAUAUUGAAAGCCAUGUUCCCACUUGAGUGCUUUUAGAGUUGUUUUUCAGCAGGACAAGCCUGGCCAGACUGCUGGGGAUUGCUGCAGGAAGGUCAGUGGACACGCACUGAUCCACAUCCCCUCUGUCAGAUGGGAAUGACCAGUCCCCCUGUCCCAGUCGUUCUUGGGGUGCUCCAUCACCACCAGUGCUGAGUGCAGGACUAGGUGACGCUAGAGGAACCCUGAUGAACUUGUGACCUCCCUACUGAGUGCAAGAACCCAGACCCAAAGUAACCCAGACCUACAGAAGCUGGCAUUUACUGAAGGUCAACUUGGAUACCUUCUACACUUCCAUCUUCCUUUUGGUGUUGUGAAAGCACCUGCAUGUGACUGAAAUUUUUAAAAAGUUGUCUAUUAUUUAAGCAACUGCAUUCCAUCUCCUUUUAGUUUUAUACGAUAUUUCUGGCCCAGAACCUAAUCUCUCUGUUUUGACUCAGUAGUUGUGGGGCUUUGGGGCCAGGCUCGGUUCACAUGUUAAUAGUGUACAACACGUGUCUGAAAACACAACCUGCAAUAUGACCACAGGCCAGCAGAGAUGUAAUUCUUCCCACAGUUCACAAAAUCUAGGAGAAUAAGAAUUAGCCUACAGCUGCAGAAGACGUAGCUGAGAUAAGAUUUUGUAUAAACAUUUACAGAGUGAACUAAGGUUAUUCUUUUACCUGACUACCACUGAUGAUUAAUAUUGUUUUAAAUUAUUAACUAUCCCUUUCUUCCUCUGUCUCUGCACAUACUUCAGAAGUGAUCCAUAGCUGGAGUUGUGAUAGGAGCAUCUGCAGACCUCAGAUCAGCAGGACAGCAGUGGUGUGCUGUGCCUCAGAUUGGAAUUUUGUGCUUUGCUGGCAUUUGCAUUUGCAAACAUAACUGCCUUCAUAAACUUCCUGAAAACAAAAUGACCUAUCCUGUAUAAAAUAGCACAGCAGGUCAGACACUUGAAAGCGAUCAAUCAGCAAUAUUUCCAUACCAGCGGGAUGGCAGACAGCACAUAACUAUUUCACAUCACCUCUCAAUUUUGUAAUGCAUUCUCCAAUAUUAGUUGCAUGCGAAAGGGGUAACUUUCACUCAGUGUGUUGUCCAAAUGAAUUAAUGAGUACAUCUCACAUGCAGACUGAAUCCAUGGAAAAUGCCAGUACCAUUUAUACAGCAUUCCCAGUCAGCUUGCCAAACUCUGGGCCAGAAGACCUGAAGUGAGGACUAUUGGGUUGUGCGAUCUGUGGCAGCCUGUCUGUUUUAGGGUGCUUUGGGAAAAGAAAAGGGAAUGCAAUCCUUGUAAAACCAGCAUGCAUGUCUUUUUGUGAGCACUAAUGGUUUGAGAGGGACUGAAGAAAGAUCUAUGUUUCAACAUUAUUUGAAGCCCUGUGAGUUCACAGCAGUGGAUGUUCCUGAGGUACACAGAGCUGUUCUGUUCUUGCUAUUCUUAGGAGCUUGUGGGAUUUUUAUCUUACUGUCAAGACAUUUUGUCCUUUGUUGUUCUUUGUUAUAAAGGAUGACCUCCACAUUUUCUAGACACUGCUGCUUAAGACAAUAAGCCAGAACUAUGUAAGUUCUGUAGCUGGACAAGGUCUAUGUGCAGAAGUAUUGAACACCAGCACAAGAAGUGGUCACACAUGACCAAAUCCCCAUGGUUUAAUAACUGCCCCUGGGGACUGAGCCCCAGAACUUUUCUGCAUGUGCUCUCUUCACUGAUGGCAAGCAUGCAAUAAUGUGGCUUAGCUGAAUUUUCUUUCACUGCGGACCAUGCUAAGUCUCAUUACCUUGCAUUUGCUGUGGGCUGAAAGCACACACAUGGGCAGAAACCUCAGCUCAGCUGACUCAUGGAAACUUGGUGAACUGUGGUAACUUGAUGUUGAGCCCUAAUCCGCAGACUAAGCUGAGAUGAGAAUAUGGCCAUGGUCAUACGUCUCUCAGUACAUGUGAACUGGGGAACACGGUGACAGCUGGCAGGUCCCUGGGGACACGUGGCAGUGGGGGGGGGGGGGGGGGGGGGGAAUCUCCUGCCUCAGAAUGAACAUCCUGAGCUCAGCUGUCUCCCUUCUUUUAAAACUCUCUCUUUUUUUUUUUUAGCAACACUGGUGAAGAAGCAACAUGAUAGCAAUAUAGCACGGUCAGGAUAAAGGAGGCAUCCUUCAAAGAAUUUUCUUUUGAAGCCUAGCAUACAAGCACCAAGUGAAACAAGCAGAAGGGAGGGCUGGACAUGACCUCCUGAACACCCACUACGCCAGCACCUCCUUUUGUCUUUCUCAUGGUGCUCCCUCGGUUCCCUGGCAAGGCGGUCCUUGGGCUCAGGAGUUAGGUGUCAGGUAACUGGUGCAAGAAGAAUAUUUCACCUGCCCUUUGCACAAGCAUUUGGCUGCAUUCUUUGCUCUGUGUCUUACUGGAUGGGAUCUCAUGUAGGAGUCUUAAAGUGGGGGAAGUUGGUUUCCUUGGUAUCGCAGGCAGAACGUGUGCUUAGAAAUGCAGAGAAACUUGGCAAGCGUCAGCAGCUGAGCAACAGUCAGAGCUGCAUGUGGAGUUUUCCACUGACUGCGCAGUAGGCAGAUAAGAUACAAAGCAAUGAUAUGUCAGACUCGUGGUGUGAUGUGCUUUGAGAUAGAGCUAGACCAGAAAUGGCACCUUCUAGCUGAGCAGCUCUGUCUGCUGCAUAUUCAGUCAGAGGCACUGAAAAAAUACACUUUUAAGUACCUUCAGCAUGAACAUGCAGUUGCAUGAGUGGAACAACUCUGCUCCUUCUCACAUACAAGCAACAGAGCUAUUUGCAGUGCCCCAGUUACAAGUUGAACAAACAACUCCUGGGAGGAGUAUAAGGCAUUUCCUAACUGUAACAAGGCAAAACGCCUGCAGGAGCUUUCUUCCUAGUCCAGGUAUACAAGAAGGGAAAGCUCCUUUUGUCUCUUAAAGCCCGGGUGCCAUUUUUCAGGUUGGUGAAGGUUAGAACAGCUGUGUUUUAAGCACGUGAGGGAAAAAGCAGCAGAGUCUGUAAAUUGGCAUGGAAGGCAGUGACACUAGAAAUUGGGUCCACUGUUGAGGAGCUGCAGAAGCCAUUAGGUGCCUCUGGCAUUCAGAGCAGUUGAAUGCAAAGUCAAUCUCCUUGUCCCUUGCAGAAACCGUCACUGGCUGCCAUGGGUGUCUCAGCAGCACCCCUUAUUCCAGCCUGGCUUUUGCUGUUGUUGCUUCCAAAUCAUCCAUACUAAGUUGUGUCAGGGGUGGGGAUUUUCACAGGAUAAGAUAUAGAGCUUUUCAGAUAUGCUCUCCAUAUCUUAACAAAUAACAGCUGGAAAGGCCAGAUGUGAGGGGCUUAUUGCAGUGUAGAUAUUUGGUUUCCUUAUUGCUCCCACAGGUCAUAAAUGUUAUUUUAAUAUGUAUAGUUGGGGUUAAGCUGUCACAUGUAAAAUGCUGACUAAUGCACAAUAAACAAGGCAAAAAAGAGCUUGGGUUAUAGUGAACAACGUGAAAAGACUAGAGAAAAAACUGUAAGAGACAUCACUGCCUUUAGAUCAGGGUCUGAAUUCACAGGGUGAAACCCCCUUGGCAAUAGUCAGCACAGAAUAGCUCCUCUAACCUCCCAGGCUGCUUAGUCCUCACUGUGUGCUGAGGCUGGGGACUCUGGGUCCUGCCACAGAGACGGUCAUCUGAGCUUCUUCAGCCUGCUGAGUGCUUCCCCGAUCUCGAAGUACAUGACGGCCACCCUCUCCAUAGCGUUCACUUACUGUGCAGCUGAGACAUGUCUUAGAUCUUCCCUUCUUGCCCUGACCUUAUACCAAAGAUGUUCUCACCUUCCCAGGGCAGGCGCUCAGGAUGUCUGGCUCUCCAAAGUUUUGCACCCACCUCCCAGUUGCCAUCCCUAGCCUCUGUGUGAGUAACAAACACCAGCCCUUGACAUCUGGAGAAGCCAGGCUUGAUGGACUUAGAUGGAACAGCUUCUGAUCUGGUUCCCAGACUUUGGCCCUACUGUGUGUACCCUGCCAACCACACUCUUUAUUUCCUAUUAUUAAGUAAUGACAGUAUUAAACAUUUCAAGAACACACUGAACCUCUGGAACAAUGCGGUUUUCAUUAUCCUGUAUGUGUUUGUUGAUGCACUGCAGACUGAACCUGACUGGCGUUUGCUCUCUGCCCCCGUAGUUUAUUCCCCAGACAGCUCAUUUCUUCCAGGCAGGAGCAGCAUCUUCCUAUGUGUCACCAUUCAGCGUGUAGUGCCCUGAUGCUGCCUGGAGCACCCUGAUGCUAUGAACCGAGUGAUAAUUUUGGUGUAAUAAUGCCAGGCAGAAACUCUUUCUGCCACCUGUCAAAAACACGUGUCGAGGGUGUGACCUCUGGUUUUCUCCUCCCUGGGGACAAGGGUUUCAGUGGUACUCAGGGUUGGCCUCAUGUUCCCCCACUGAAGAGGAUGAUGGUGAUUAGUAAACCCACCUGAGAAAAUCCUCUUAAAUUCUAAGCUUCAUUUGUGCUGCUAAUUGGCUGUUUUAAGAGGGAAGAUUAAUAGGACCUAUGCAGUUGUUUAGGAGAGAACUCGUAGUUCUUUGCCACCAACACCUUUUUUAUUUCCUGUCAUUGGCUUAUUCCCAUUUCCAGGGCAAUCAAAUAGUUUUUAUUAGUAGCUGUAAGAAAAAGGAAAAACAAAACCAGAGUUUCAAUCUGAUAGGGAUCUAAGGAAGCUUACUAAAGACAUUGUUCUCCAUGUUAGUCAUAUGAAUGCUCUACAAGAUCAUGUUUCUUUGGUAUUUUGUAUUUAAUUUCCUUAUUCAUGUUUUAGUUGUGUUUGUGAUUUAUUUAUUUAUUUUUAGAUCCUCUUAGAUUCAUCCCUGCUGGUCAUUUAGUUCAUAUGUUAGCAAAAUUCCCAAUGAUCCCAGGAGCAGAGCUGCCUGAGCAAAUACCAGCAAGGUGGCUUCACUGUGCCUAGUAAAAAUGAAGUGCUUAAUUACAUUAGGGAUUAUUUUUGUCUGCACAUUUGUCACAAGGAGACAGAUUGAGCUGCAUUUCAAUAUGUUUAUCUCUUCCACUUGCUCACUUUGAUUCCGUCCAAGCAGUCUUGUAGUUAAUAUUUGAAUAUUCAGUUCUAUUUCUCUCUUGAAUGCAAGGUGACCAAUAUUGGCAUCCUCUGACUGAAGUACUUGAUACUUUUUGAUUAUUAUAUAUUGCUGAAUAAAUUAUAUAAUGGAUGCAAAAGUAAAUAGUGAUACAUUUGUUUGUAUAAAUUUGGGCAGAUAUUUUUUAAUGCUGUAGAGACUGAUAAAUUGAGAUAAACCAUAGCCAAAAGCUGAAUGGAUCCAAGUGUCCAGUUCCUGUUUAAGUCCAUGACCAUCCCACAGCGAGAGCUUUCUCAUCUCUGUUCUCUCAGGCUAUUUCUACAUUGCAGCGUAGAGAUACCAAAUCUAAAUAAGCUACCAUGGGUAGAUUAACUGCAGCAGCAUGGAGUUCAGCAUAUCCUGUGUCUCGGCAAAAUUAGAUACCUCUCUAGAUGAAUGGUUUGUAAGCAAACCUACAUAUCCUAAAGAAGACUUUUACAACUCAGAAGAGGGACAACUAUGAUUUAAGUGGUCUGCAUAUUUUUGUUAUGCUGUCUAGAAUUGCUAGUGUCCUGCGUGUAGUUGCCUAUAGCUAUUGUGAUGUGUUAAAUUUCCCCCCCUCCCCGGUUCUGUUGUAAGCUCAUUUGGUGAUAUUCAGAGUCUCCAGCCAGUUCUCAUGAGGCAAAGGCCAUGGAAAAGACAUCUAGAGGUGAGCUGCCUCCAGAAAGACUGAGGGCAGCUCUCAGGAUUUGGAGCUGUGCUGUUGCGUGCUUUGGGAGCAUGUACCUGUAGAGCAACAUGUAAAACCUACCUGGUAAAAUGGAAGUAGAUGAUCAGGCCAUCAGAGCAGACAGAGAUUUUGGCGGAGGAUUGUGUAUGUGUUUUGUACCCCCAGCACGCACACUGUUCCCCCUGCUAUUAAUUUCUAGUUAGGACCUUUCUUGGAUUCUUAGUGUCAGAGUAAAAUUUUCUUUUGCUGAUAAAGUAUUUGUAUUAUGCAAUGUACUCAGAAAAAAAAAGAUUAUCUAUGACUGUCCUCUCCUCUCAAGAAGCUGUUCUCUUCUGUACAUACGAUAUGCGGAAUGUAUGGGUCUUACCAGUGUUGGUUUGCAUUUUUAAGACUGUACUAAUUAAUGUGUGAUACUAUUGUGUUUUUGUAGUGGCAUCUUUGAUGUAAGAUGUAAAACUAUUUAAAGUGAUUUUUUUUUUUUUGUUAUCGUUUGGCUUUUAGAGAUAGCACCAAGGACUGCAUGUUCACUAGAAUCAGCCUUUUUCAAGGGUCGUCAUAGCUGCACACAGCACGGUGUUUCACCUGGAGCAUAGUACCUGCGUUCUCGUUUUAAUAGGGGUCAGUUUUGAGUGGAAACUAAUUCUUCCUGAAAAGUCUAGUUUUCUGUAUUACCCUCUCUCAGACUCAAGCUUCCUCCUCCUGCACUGUGUGCCAGCCCCUGCCCCAGAAGGUGAACUUGAGGAGGGUCCCCUAACCCAGGGCACCCCGCUGGCCCCAGUGUCCAGCUUUCCUUAGGACUGCUGGCUAACCGGGACAAAACAGAUGGGUUCACAUUGUAAGACCAUUUCUGCAAGUGGCUUGGAAAUUAACUAAAAUUUUGAGGAAUUAAGCAAUUAAGGGAAAAGAAAGAGCCUGAGUGGCAUGUUUGGGGUCAGAAUCUUAUCGAGGUGCUUAAUAUAGUGAAAACUUGGGGUCAGUCCCUAAAAGACAGGACUAGAUCUACAUUUCUUGUCGGAUUUGGAGAGGGAAGAGGGGCUCAGAUCCAGCCUUUCAGGCAAGGCUGAUUUACUCAGAGGAUUGAGUCUGAGAGAGAUGCUUCUCCUGAUCAUGUCCUGGGCCAAAAGACAAGACAUGCUGCAGCUUAGGAGUUUUUAUUCUUUGAGUUUUUUUCUUUUUAACGGAGAAAGCAGUUCAAACUGCACCUGGCAAAAUGACUGACUUCAAAAGCAUGUUUUUCCUUGUUAUAUAGACACUCACAAAACAGCAUUGUGUGGUUAAAAAGGCGCGUUUGUGAUAGUUUCUUUUUCAGUGCCAAAAUAUAUAAGCAGUAUUGUUUGAAGGGAAAUAAGAGUUUUUUUACUGUAUUGUUAUUACUGUUGAACAAAUAUUGUUUUUAAAUGUUAGAUUUUGAAGACUUUUGUAUUGUAAACUGUUUUGUGACAUGGUGCUUUUUCAUACUGGAAUUACUGAUUGCACCUAAAUAUGAAUUAUUUUGUUUUCUUAUAUAAAUAUGUUACCUUGAACAAUCUUGAUGAAAACCCAUGUAUGGUGGAUACCAAUGGUUCAAAUUCUCCUACUGAAGUCCCCUAAAUGUUCUUUCCUACUAAUAAACAUUCUGCUGCAGCUA